UGGGCGGAGGGAGGGUGACAGAUACGAUUAAAAAGAGGGUGGAAGAGGAGCAACUGACAGGCUCAAGAGCAAGGAGGAGUGGGCAGCUGGAGACGAGGAGCCAGAGGGCCACGGAGCCAACGGAAAUUCCAGACAGGAGGGAGAGAGGAAGGAGUCUUGGUGUCUGUCUUCUCCUGGGCCAAGAUGGGUGACUGGAGCUUCCUGGGCGAGUUCCUGGAGGAAGUGCACAAGCACUCCACAGUGAUCGGCAAGGUAUGGCUCACCGUCCUCUUCAUUUUCCGCAUGCUGGUGCUGGGCACGGCUGCCGAGUCAUCCUGGGGGGACGAGCAGGCUGAUUUCCAGUGUGACACGAUUCAGCCCGGCUGCGAGAACGUCUGCUACGACCAAGCCUUCCCCAUCUCGCACAUCCGCUACUGGGUGCUGCAGAUCAUCUUCGUGUCCACGCCGUCCCUGGUGUACAUGGGCCACGCCAUGCACACGGUGCGCGUGCAGGAGAAGCGGAAGCUACGUGAGGCCGAGAGGGCCAAGGAGGUUCCGGGCGCCGGCUCUUACCAGUACCCAGUGGCCGAGAAGACAGAGCUGUCCUGCUGGGAAGAAGUGAAUGGAAGGAUCGUCCUCCAGGGAACCCUGCUCAACACCUAUGUCUGCAGCAUCCUGAUCCGCACCACCAUGGAGGUGGCCUUCAUUGUGGGCCAGUACCUCCUCUACGGGAUCUUCCUGGACACUCUGCAUGUCUGCCGCAGGAGUCCCUGCCCCCAUCCCGUCAACUGUUAUGUGUCCCGACCCACAGAGAAGAACGUCUUCAUCGUCUUUAUGCUGGCUGUGGCCGGACUGUCCCUUCUCAGCCUUGCUGAACUCUACCACUUGGGCUGGAAAAAGAUCAGACAGCAGUUUGUCAAGUCCCGGCAGGGCAUGGCUGAGUGCCAGCUUCCCGGCCCUGCUGCCGGCAUGGUCCAGAGCUGCACGCCACCCCCUGACUUCAAUCAGUGCCUGGAGAAUGGCCCAGGGGGGAAAUUUUUCAGUCCAUUCAGUAACAAGAUGGCCUCCCAGCAGAACACAGAUAACCUGGCCACCGAGCAGGUGCGAGGCCAGGAGCAGAUCCCUGGAGAAGGUUUCAUUCACAUCCAAUAUGCCCAGAAGCCUGAGGUACCCAACGGAGGCUCCCCAGGGCAUCGCCUCCCCCAUGGCUACCAGAGUGACAAACGCCGUCUCAGCAAGGCCAGCAGCAAGGCCAGGUCAGAUGACCUAUCAGUGUGACCAUCCAGGGUGGGGGGACCAGGACCAGCUGGGAACAAAGGAGGCUCAGAGAGGGAAGAUGUGUCCCUUCUGACCCCAGCUCUCCCAUUCUCAUCACUGCUCUGCUCCUUCUGGGCCCUGGGUCUCAAUGGCAUUGCUCAUUUAUUCCAGAAGGUAUGACCAGGGCUUUGCGAGGUCAGUCAGAGACGUGGCUACACACUCAGGUUGCUGUCCUUUCCCCAUCCUCUUCCCAGUACACUCAGUGAAGCCUUUCAGGUGACUCAGUGAAUGGGAUGGAGGAAGGGAAGGGGACCGUGGCAAUUCUGGCUUGGGAGGGACAUCCAGAGGAACAGGGUGACUCCCUACAUAGCAGCCCCAGACCAGAUGGGCUCUCCAAGUCCCUGUGGCUUCCUUGGCCUGGUCACCCUUCCUCCUGCAAUGAAAGAGCCCAAAGUUCCCAGCCAAUGGGAGUAAGAAUCAAGGAACUUGCAUUAGAAAUGCUCUUGAAUCUGUUGUCUCCCAGGACCAUGCCUUGGCUUGGUGGUGAGGUCACCACUGGCUGCUCUUACCUCUACCCAGUCUUACUUAAAAAGAGGUCCUUGAACUUGACCAGCAGCCUCAACUUUACAAGUGCCUUGGUAUCUUCCUCUGGCAAACUUCUCACCUUGGUGAAUCUGAAGCCUUUCCUUCUGCCAGGGUGUACAGCCAGCCCACGGGGGGUGAAAAACUCCCCUGGGAGGUCACUGUGCACACGACUCCACUGGAAUUCCUGCCACCACAUGCCAUCCUGCAGCUCUGUUACAGUUCAACCUGCUGACAGAAACCAUCCCUUGCCUUCUUCCCUUGGCUGUUCAUCCAACGCUCCCCUAAAAAUCUUAUUGACCAGAAUGCCCAAGAAGCUGUUGCCCUCUCUCAGAAUCUGACCAGAUCACCAGCCGUGGAGGCCAGUGGAAUGUUCCCAGUUCUUAUUAAAACAAAGAGGGCAUUGUGCUUCUCAGAUUCCCCUUGGGAAAAAAUAAUUCUGCUGUGAAGAUAAAAAUAAAAAAGAAGAGAAAAUACUGGAAAA